AUGGAGGUGGCUCUCAAGCGCGUCGCGGACGCUGUGCGCCGCACCCGCGGCGGUGUCGUCUCCAGCGCCAUCGAGGCUCGCUCGAUACCCGGCAUGGGCGUGGGGGUCGUGGCGCGCGAGCACAUCCCGAAGGACACGCUGGUGUUCCAGGCCGGCGAAGACGUGUGGUAUCCGUUCUCGGCCGAGCAUGCGCUGGAGACUGCGCAGCAAAAGGCCCCGGGCUUCCUAAACCAAUUGAACCAGCUACUGGCGUCCAGCAGAGUACUGAGAGAGGGAUCGUCCUUUGUGCCAAGCGCGCUGGUGCUUGGGGUGCAUAUGCUGGUGAACUUCCCCCACUCGGAGAACCCUGAGACGUCACUGAUGGCCAUGGCGAGCAUGAACACUCCGCCUCUGGACGAGUUGUACGUCAACGCCUUGCCUCGAUACGUGGAUCUGCCGCUGUACUGGGAUGACAAGCAGUUUGAAGAGCUGCAAGGCUGCGAGGAGGCGCGGCGAGCGAUGCAGCAUGGAGCGCGGUUUUACUCCCAAGUUUACAAGCACUUGUUUGGGGCCAACAACCAGUUUGUGAACGCAGAAGCGUUCUUCUGGGCCAUCUCGAUCUUGAUGUCGCGCGCUACUUCUGGCCAGAAUCAGCCAUUUGCGCUCAUUCCUUUCUUCGACUGGUUCAACCACGCUGGUAACGGUUCUGACAAUUGCCGUCAUGCGUUGGAUAGUGAUGAAUGCGUUCAGGACUUUGAUAUGCAGAAGGGUUUCACGAUUCAUACUACGAGAUCAUAUGAACCUGGUGAACAGCUCUUCAUCAACUACGGCAGCCACGGAAACCUCCGCUUGCUCCGCAACUACGGAUUUACGAUGCCAAACAAUCCGUACGAUGUCGUCAAUCUUCCGAUGCCUGCAGCACUGCAACAACCAAAUGAAGCAGACCCGGCUUUCGCCCAAAAGCGCGACUUGCUUUUCUCGGCGACUGGAAGUCAGUCAGCCAUGCCAGCUCUCAACAGCCUGAGAUUUCAGAACGAUGGGAGCCUUGCCCAAAACGCUAAGCACUGGUUGGAAGUUAUGCUCGCUACACCUGAAGAGCUGAACGAGAUCUUUAGACAAGCAGCGUCGCAGGGGUCUCCGGAAGCUGCGACCAGUUCGCUGAGGCUUCCUUCGUCGUUGACGCACAAAGUUCGGUCUGAAGUUGGCAAGGUGCUGGCAUCUCGACUAAAGCAACACACGUCAUCAUUCGAGGAGGACGACGUGUUCCUGCGUGGAAACGAGCAGCAAAUGGCACCGUGGCUUCGAUCGUGCCUGCACAUCCGAAUGGGGGAAAAGCAGACGCUGUUGCGUGCAGCAUCCAAAUACGCCACGAUUUCAUAG